GUUCGCAUCAGCUCCGGAAAAAGAAAUCGCCAUCUUGGUUUGUUUAUGUUGAAGAGAAUUUGAGAAACUACAUAGGCACAUAAGAAUAAGGGCUGAGAACGGAAUUACACCUGCGAAGAGCUACAUGUAGCAACAGCACAGAGAAACUGUUGCUUCGCUCGGUACUGCCCUUUGCUGCCUCGAUAGUAACAGCACAGUCAUGAGUCAACAAGGCUACCAACACCAGCAGUAUCAACGAGGACCAGCAAUGGCGCAGCAGCAGGGAGGCCAAUACAUGGAGGUUCAGGGAGGUCAGCCGAUGCAGAUGCACGACAGCAACACCAAAACUAUGAUGUGGGCCCAGAACCAUUAUGUGGCUGAUUCGGGCAUCAAUUCCCGAACCCCAUCACAGGCACCAUCUAUCAGUUCAAAGACCCACCAUAGUCAACAUGAGGAUGAAAUGAACAUGGAUGCAUCCUCAGGUAUGGGAUAUGAGGAGUGGGAUCAAGGAUACCAACCCCAGGGCUACACCCAGGAGCAGGUGGAUGAACUGAAUCAGCAGCUGAACCAGACGCGGUCGCAGCGAGUGAGAAAUGCCAUGUUUCCUGAAACGAUGGAUGAAGGAGUUCCGAUCCCGUCGACGCAGUUCGAUCCGCAGCAACCUACCGCUGUGCAGAGACUGGCCGAGCCAAGUCAGAUGCUGAAGCAUGCUGUCGUCAAUCUCAUCAACUAUCAGGACGACGCAGACCUCGCGACGCGCGCCAUCCCGGAGCUGACGAAGCUGCUGAACGACGAGGACCAGGUGGUCGUCUCGCAGGCCGCCAUGAUGGUUCACCAGCUGUCGAAGAAGGAGGCGAGCCGACACGCGAUCAUGAACUCACCGCAGAUGGUCGCCGCGCUUGUGCGCGCGAUGACCAACUCGAACGACGUGGAGACGACGCGCUGCGCCGCCGGCACGCUGCACAACCUGUCGCAUCACCGACAGGGCCUGCUCGCCAUCUUCAAGUCCGGAGGCAUCCCCGCCCUCGUGCGUCUACUCAGUUCGCCAGUGGAAUCGGUGUUAUUCUACGCGAUCACCACCCUGCACAACCUGCUUCUGCAUCAAGAAGGCUCCAAGAUGGCUGUCCGCUUGGCGGGCGGACUUCAGAAGAUGGUGAUGCUGCUGCAGCGUAACAACAUCAAGUUCUUGGCGAUUACCACCGACUGCUUGCAGAUCCUGGCGUAUGGAAACCAAGAGAGCAAGCUGAUCAUCCUUGCGAGCGGAGGACCGGGGGAGCUGGUGCGUAUUAUGCGCGACUUCAACUACGAAAAACUGCUGUGGACCACUUCACGUGUGCUGAAAGUGCUGUCGGUGUGCCCCAGCAAUAAACCUGCGAUCGUUGAAGCCGGAGGCAUGCAAGCUUUGGCCAUGCACCUCGGUCACCCAAGCACACGACUUGUCCAGAACUGUCUCUGGACUUUGAGAAAUCUCUCGGAUGCUGCCACUAAGCAGAUGCAAAACAUGGAAGGCUUGAUUUCAAUGCUGGUCCAGCUGCUCUCGUCCAACGACAUCAACGUCGUGACUUGUUCAGCUGGAAUCCUAUCCAAUCUCACGUGCAACAAUCAGCGCAACAAGGUCAUUGCCUGUCAGAGUGGUGGCAUCGAAGCUCUUGUGAGAACCUGCAUUCAGGCUGGCGAUCGAGAAGAGAUCACUGAACCUGCUGUGUGUGCGCUUCGUCACAUGACGAGCCGCCACACGGAGGCAGAGAUGGCGCAGAAUGCCGUGCGUCUCCACUACGGCCUGCCCGUGCUCGUCAAGAUGCUGCACCCUCCCAGCCGCUGGCCGCUCAUCAAGGCCGUCAUCGGGCUGAUCCGCAACCUGGCACUGUGUCCGGCGAACCACGCUCCGCUACGCGAGCACGGCGCGCUGCCCAGACUUGUGCAGCUACUGAUCAGAGCACACCAGGACACUCAGAGGCGUGCCUCUAUGGGAUCGAACAGCAGUACAUAUGCUGAUGGGGUGCGCAUGGAGGAUAUCGUAGAGGGAACUGUUGGAGCACUGCACAUCCUUGGCCGUGAAGCCCACAACCGUGCUGUCAUUCGCGGACUUACCUGCAUACCGAUAUUUGUACAGCUGCUUUAUUCCGAUACCGAGAACAUCCAGCGGGUGGCAGCAGGUGUGUUGUGUGAACUGGCUGCGGAUAAGGAAGGCGCGGAGAUCAUCGAACAAGAGGGAGCCACUGCUCCACUCACCGAACUUCUGCACUCACGGAACGAGGGAGUUGCUACCUAUGCAGCAGCAGUGUUGUUCCGCAUGUCUGAAGAUAAACCGCAGGAAUAUCGCAAAAGAUUGUCGGUGGAACUGACCAGCUCACUCUUCCGCUCUGACCAGGACUGGGGACAGCCACCCGACCUGGAUGCAAUGAUGAUGGGAGAUGAGCCUUAUAGCGAACAGAUGUAUCCACCACACAACAACCAGAAUCAACACGACCCACGUCAGUCACAAGGAGGUUACCACCCGCAUACACCGGGCAUGCAGGGUGUUCAGAUAGACAUGGGCGGUGCAAACUAUCCACCGCCACCACCGAUGGAUAUGGCAGCACCUGGAGGCAUGGAUUUCGAUACCAUGAAUCUGGAUUCUAUCCCUCCGGCUGAUAACAGCCAGAUGGCAGCGUGGUUUGAUACAGACCUCUAGAUGCAUGCGAACAAUAUCUUGGCGCUUCCCAACCAAAUGAAAUAGCCCCCCCCUUCGCGUAAGCUGUUGUGUAACUUGUUAAGGGCGGCUACUUGUUGCAACAUACCAAUAAUGGGGUAUGUGGCUUCAUAAUUACAUUGGGGAGCAAGACUACUAUUGAUGAUCUCUGGUAAACCCCUUCUACAAUUUUUGGUGAGAACGACUUUCUCAAGUAAACGUCUUGAAUUGUCAAUAGUUACGUACAGCACUAUCCAAGAUUUUAUGGGCUCUGAUCUUUUAUUACUGUUUUGGAAGUAUAUCUUGUAUUAACACGCCAUUUUAGCUUGGUAGUGCUUGAUGAUUAGGUUGUGUAUUGAAGGUCGUGAUCACUUAGAUGUGUCUGUUGCGAGUUUUAGUUGGUCGAGUAAAGUGCUUUGAAGUACUACUUGUAUCAGAGGAUAUUUGUUCAAGUAUUGUUGCAUUCAAUUAUGUUCUUUUUACGGUAAAAUUCAAUUGUUGUCAUUUUAUCACAUCAAUGUUGCAGUAAAGAUCAUGCCUUUCUAAAUUAAAAUUAGUGUCCACGCUCCAGUAACAUGGCCUGAAAACAUUCUAAUGAUAACAGAAUGUGGUUGGAUUAUUUCAACUGCCAACCAGAAUGUAUCACAGAGAGAUAUGGUUGAAUUGAUUUGUACUGAGAAGUGCAUCUCGUCACUACUUUUCUGCUGUGAUAUUUUAAGGCUGAUGAAAUGUUAUUAUUGGUUUCAGCAACAAACAAAAAUUGUACACUACUUAAGUUUUGGUCCGGUGGCUGUGGAAUGAAUGACAGCCACACUUAUUGUGUUCCCUUAACCUCUCUACUCCAUUCCAGAAAAUGAUCAUGAUAUUUAUGUCGUGUGUUUUGUACUUCCCCAGAUGGCACCACUCGUGCUUUAUAUCUUGACUGUUUAUGUGUUGUAUGUGUAACAAUGGCGACAAAGUGUACAAAAAGCAGCCAAUAUUAUUAUUAAGAACACAAAAACUGGACUGUUGGUCCGAGCAUGUUUACGCAAGAUAUAACCUAUAAAUUACAUUUCAGCGAGCAGUUUCAAUCCUAUGUCGUAGGUCGGGGGGUCAACAUUGCUUUAUGUACACCAAGUGUUGUAUAUGUAUAAUACUAACCCUGUAGAAGUUACUUGAUAUCAGAGUAUCAUUUUAGUGAUUUUAUGUUCUUUAUUUUAUCUAGCUAGUUUUAUGUCGUGAACGUGCUUUAAAAAUACAUGUACUGGUGUCUCCAGUUUGCUAAUAUGUAAAACUUCAUGCAAUGUUUAAAAGUUGGUAAACCUCCGAAAGCACAUGCAUUUUACUACUUGUGUCUGCAUGAUGUAAAAUAAAGGGUUGUUAAACAAGCGAUAAUGCUAGAUGUUGUCACCAUGGGAAGUAAAAUACUAGCCAGUCGUUAUUGAGCAGUGACGGCUUAAAAAGGCCUGCCAUUCAUUUGCAAGGCAAUCCUAAAUUUAUUAUAAGCUCAUAAAACAACCCAUGUCUAAUUUGAAAUUAAUGUUUAAGACCAACCAGCUUACACCAACUGAAUUCAGAUCAUUCCGAUACAAAUGUCUCCUUUAUACUUGUCAGCAAUAUUAUGUAUUAAAACAAAUAUUUACUUUAAUAAAGUUUUGCUCUUUUUAA